AUGGGCUAUUUAGGUGAUUUGGUCCAGAUGAACAUUGGCCAGAUCCUCCAGGACACAGUCUUGCCAAACACCAAGUUUAGUGGAAAGACCAUUGUUAUCACAGGAGCGAACGUUGGCCUUGGCUUUGAUGCUGCAAAACACAUUCAUCGACUUGGUGCAUCACGCUUGGUUCUCGCUUGCCGAAGUACAGAGAAAGGCGAACGUGCUCGGGAAGACAUCAUCGCCUCGUCAAAGUCUUCCUCUGGCGGUGGAGUCGUCGAGAUAUGGCAGCUCGAUCAGUCGAAUUUCCAGUCAGUGCUUGCAUUCGGCGACCAACUGCGCACCCUCGACAGGCUUGAUGCGUCCAUCGCAAAUGCUGGCAUAGACACUCACGAAUGGAAAAUGUUUGAAGGCUUCGAAUCCAUGUUGACUGUGAAUGUUGUGUCGACCAUGUUGAUAGCAUUCCUGGCUCUUCCCAAGCUGAAAGAGACUGCAAAAGCACAAAAGCAGCCGUCGCAGCUGGCUUUCACGGGCUCUGUCGCGCACAUCUUCGCAAAAUCUCAAUACAUAUCUGGACCAGGAUCGAUUUUCGAGUCGCUCAACGACAAAGCUAAAGCAGACAUGGAGGAUAGGUACAACCUCAGCAAACUCUUACUCUUGUUGGCUGUCCGAUCGCUAGCGGAGCUGGUUGAACCCACAGGUCAAGCACCUGUGAUCAUCACUUUCAUCAAUCCUGGAUGGUGCAAAACCGAGCUUUUCCGCACGAACGAUGGUGGAUUUGCGAAACGGACUGGCUUGCGCCUAAUAGGCAGGACUUCCGAAGAAGGAAGUCGGACAUUGGUACAUGCGAUAACAGCAGACUCGUCGUGUCAUGGGAGGUAUCUGAGCGAAUGCCGGCCCAAGACAGAGUCCACCUUUAUCAAGGGUGAAGAAAGCCGGGCAGUGCAGAGAAAAUUCUGGUCGGAAUUAGUGGAGAGGCUGGAAAUGAUCAAGCCCGGUGUGACAAGUAUCUAG